AACAAGAGCGUGAAGAAGAAGAACGGCAGCAAGUUUUCAAUAUAAAUAGUGGCUAUAAUUGUGAUUAAGUGUAUUAGAAAAUUCUUAAACUGUAAGCGGUAAACAACAUAAAGAUGCCCCUUAAAUUGGACAUCAAGCGUCGUCUGACAUCGCGCUCUGACCGUGUCAAGUGCGUUGAUCUGCAUCCGGCCGAACCGUGGAUGUUGUGUGCUCUAUACAAUGGCCACGUACACAUCAUGAAUUAUGAGAACCAGCAAUUGGUAAAAGAUUUCGAGGUUUGCGAUGUACCGGUACGUUCCGCUCGCUUUGUGGCACGCAAAAAUUGGAUUAUUACCGGUUCCGAUGAUAUGCAAAUACGCAUUUUCAAUUACAACACUCUGGAGAAGGUUCAUUCAUUCGAAGCGCACUCGGAUUACCUGCGCUGUAUUGCCGUGCAUCCCACACAGCCCCUGGUGCUCACUAGCAGCGAUGAUAUGCUUAUCAAAUUGUGGAACUGGGAGAAGAUGUGGGCAUGUCAGCGCGUCUUUGAGGGACACACUCACUAUGUCAUGCAGAUUGUAUUUAAUCCCAAGGAUAACAACACCUUUGCCUCUGCAUCCUUGGAUCGCACGGUUAAAGUGUGGCAGCUGGGCUCAAAUUUCGCCAAUUUCACUCUAGAGGGUCAUGAGAAAGGUGUUAAUUGUGUGGACUACUAUCAUGGUGGAGACAAGCCGUAUUUAAUUUCUGGUGCCGAUGAUCGCUUCGUUAAGAUUUGGGACUAUCAGAACAAGACCUGUGUACAAACCCUGGAGGGACAUGCCCAAAACAUUUCGGCCGUUUGUUUUCAUCCCGAAUUGCCCAUUGUCCUAACUGGUUCUGAAGAUGGCACCGUUCGCAUUUGGCAUUCGGGCACGUAUCGCCUGGAGACGUGUCUAAAUUAUGGCUUCGAACGCGUCUGGACCAUUUCCAGCAUGCGUGGCACCAACAAUGUGGCUCUUGGAUAUGAUGAGGGCUCCAUUAUCAUCAAGGUGGGACGCGAGGAGCCGGCCAUGUCUAUGGAUGUGGUGGGUGGCAAAAUUGUUUGGGCCAAACAUUCCGAAAUGCAACAGGUCAAUCUGAAAACCAUUGCCGAUGGCACCGAGAUUAAGGACGGCGAACGAUUGCCCGUUGCCGUUAAGGAUAUGGGCGCCUGUGAAAUAUAUCCUCAGACCAUCUCGCACAAUCCCAAUGGACGCUUUGUGGUCGUCUGCGGCGAUGGAGAAUAUAUAAUCUAUACAUCCAUGGCGUUGCGUAACAAAGCCUUUGGUUCGGCUCAAGAGUUUGUCUGGGCAAUGGAAAGCAAUGAGUAUGCAAUUCGUGAGAAUAACGGCACCGUUCGCCUGUUCCGUAACUUCAAGGAACGCAAAAGUUUUACACCCGAAUAUGGUGCCGAGAGCAUCUAUGGUGGCUACUACUUUGGUGUGAAAACGUCGUCGGGAUUGGCCUUUUACGAUUGGGAAACUUUGCAGCUGGUGCGACGCAUCGAAGUGCAGCCACGUAAUGUAUUUUGGAAUGAGAGCGGUAGCCUCGUUUGCCUGGCCACCGAUGAUUCAUACUUCAUUCUGGGCGUGGACUCGGCACAAGUUGCCAAUGCGCUGGAGAGCAAGGAGGGACUCGAGGAUGAUGGCGUGGAAAGCGCUUUCAAUGUGCUCGGCGAAGUCUCGGAGUCGGUAAAAACUGGACUCUGGGUGGGCGAUUGUUUCAUCUACACCAAUUCGGUGAAUCGCAUCAACUACUAUGUGGGUGGAGAGAUUGUUACCAUCUCGCAUUUGGAUCGCACCAUGUAUUUGCUGGGUUAUGUGCCCAAGGAUAAUCGCUUGUACUUGGGCGACAAGGAGCUGAAUGUAAUUAGCUUCUGUCUGCAGCUGUCCGUCCUGGAAUACCAGACGGCCGUAAUGCGUCGCGACUUUGAACGCGCUGAUAUUGUGCUGCCAACCAUACCGAAGGAGCAUCGCACACGGGUUGCCCAUUUCCUGGAGAAGCAGGGCUUUAAGGCGCAGGCGCUGCAGGUGUCCACCGAUGCGGAUCACAAAUUUGAUUUGGCACUGCAAAUUGGCGAACUGGAUAUUGCAUUGAAGCUGGCACGCGAGGCGGAGAACUCACAGAAAUGGUCACAAUUGGCCGAUGUGGCGGCGCGCAAGAAUAACAUGGAAUUGGUCAAGGAGUGCAUGCAGAAGGCAAAUGAUUUCAGUGGUUUAUUGCUGCUGUCCACCGCCUCCGGGGAUGCAAAGAUGCUGCAGGAGUUGGGCACGACAAGUUCGACACAGGGACGCCAUAAUAUUGCAUUCCUGUCCGCAUUCCUUCGUUCCGAUGUUGAACGCUGCCUGGAGAUUCUCAUUGAGACAAACCGUCUGCCCGAGGCGGCGUUCUUUGCACGCACCUACUUGCCCAGCCAGAUGUCGCGUGUGGUGGAACUGUGGCGCGAGGAGCUUAGCAAGGUCAAUGAGAAGGCCGGCCAAUCGCUGGCGGACCCAACGCAAUAUACAAAUCUCUUUCCGGGUCUGGGCGAUGCUCUGCGCGUUGAGCAGCAUCUGCAGGAGGAGCGAGCACGUAAGGCGCCUGCACGCAUCGCCGGACAACUGCCAUUGAAUAGCGACCGUAAUCCUCUGGAGGAACUGCAUGCGGUCGAGCAGCAGAGUGGAAUUGGACAGCUGGAGGAUAAGGAGAAGCCAGCGUUUGUGCCGGCAAGCAGCACAAAGGCUGCGACCAUCACUUCGGCAGCUGCAGCUGCAGUCAGUGAGGAAGACGAUGACGAUGAUUUGGAUUUGGAGAUUGAUGGUAUAACGUUGGAUGAUAACAUUGAUACGACAGAUGUUAACCUGGAUGAUGACUUUUUGAGCGAUGAUUAGAUGCAAAGCACACUCUGUAUUCGAUAAUAUGCAUAGAAAUAACGUAACGUAAAUUCGUUGUUGAUUCGGGAUAAAUUGCUUCAAAAAUCGCGCAUUUUAAAGCUAUAAAAAUUCCACACCCAAAUCUACACAUACACACAUAUACAAAUGCAUUCACCUUUGAUUUGAUUGAAUGAAUGUUUCCCGUGCAUUAAUUAUACCAAUCAAAUAAAAACACACAUAUAUUAUA